AGGCUAUUCUCUUUGGCCCCCCUCAUUCCGCGCCCAGUCUCAAAACGCUCUUCCUGGUUUUAACUGAAUGUCAAGACACUUGGCUACAAAUUGUCAAAAAAGUCAAAAGCAGCCUAGUCAGAGGAGGAUGGAGCAACGAAUGAGAUGCCAGUAGUUUAAGGAAAAUUUCAGAUUUUGGAAACUUGGCUUUACACAAUGAAACACGAAUGAGAAGCUGAGAGACAACUGUAAAACAUUCAGAAACGCGUAUCAUCGCAGCUGGCUAGCUUUACAGAAGUGAACUAUCUUGAAGAAAACAAUGGAGAACAAGGACAAAGUACAAAUGAGGACACACCCACGCAGGCAGCUAAAGAAGCUCAGUGAAGACAGUUUAACCAAGCAGCCAGAGGAAGUCUUUGAUGUGCUAGAGAAACUUGGCGAAGGGUCCUAUGGCAGUGUAUUUAAGGCCAACUAUAAAGAGACUGGGGAGAUUGUUGCCAUCAAGCAGGUCCCUGUGGAGUCUGACCUGCAGGAGAUCAUCAAAGAGAUUUCCAUCAUGCAGCAGUGUAACAGUCCCCAUGUUGUGAGGUACUACGGAAGUUACUUUAAGAACAGUGACCUGUGGAUCGUAAUGGAGUACUGCGGAGCUGGCUCCGUCUCCGACAUCAUUCGCCUGCGCAACAAAACGCUAACAGAGGAUGAGAUCGCCACCAUAGUGCAGUCCACACUGAAGGGACUGGAGUACCUGCACUUUAUGAGGAAGAUCCACAGAGACAUCAAGGCAGGGAAUAUCCUGCUAAACGCAGAGGGCCAGGCCAAGCUGGCUGAUUUUGGGGUGGCGGGACAGCUGACCGAUACCAUGGCCAAGCGGAACACAGUGAUUGGCACACCAUUCUGGAUGGCCCCUGAGGUGAUCCAGGAGAUUGGUUAUAACUGUGUGGCAGACAUUUGGUCCCUGGGCAUCACAUCCAUAGAAAUGGCAGAGGGAAAGCCUCCCUAUGCAGACAUCCACCCUAUGAGGGCCAUAUUUAUGAUUCCUACCAAUCCUCCACCGACGUUCCGAAACCCAGACUUGUGGUCGGAGCUGUUCCAAGAAUUUGUCUCCCAGUGUCUUGUGAAGAACCCAGAGAACAGAGCCACUGCCACACAGCUUCUACAGCAUCCAUUCAUUAAGGCUGCUAAGCCCAGCAGCAUCCUCAGAGCUUUGAUCACAGAUGCCAUGGAAAUUAAACUGAAGAAAGUGGAGGCCGAGCAGAGAGAACAGGACCAAGAGGACGAAGACAACUCGGACGAGGACGAGGUAGACCAGGGAACGAUGGUGAGGGCGGGCACUAGCGAUAUGGGCACCAUCCGGGAGGCCGGUUCGCUAGGGGGCACGGCGAGGACCAUGAUCGAGCAGAGCGACAUGGGCACCAUGGAGUCUCAGCUGGGCACCAUGGUGAUCAACUCAGACGAUGACGAGGACGAGGAGGCCGGCACCAUGAAACGGAGAGAUGAGACCAUGCAGCCCGCCAAGCCGUCCUUCCUGGAGUACUUUGAGCAGAAAGAGAAGGAGGCCAACUGUCACGACGACAGUGGAGAAGACCCAGGACACAACGCUGACAACCGCAAACUGCCUGCGGAGGGGGACCUAGAGGUGAUGAAAACAUGGAGCGUGGAGGAGCUGAGGUCACGGCUGGCCUCCCUGGACCCCCUGAUGGAGCAGGAAAUCAGGGAGAUCCGCCAGCGCUACCUGGCCAAGCGCCAGCCCAUCCUGGACGCCAUCGAGGCCAAGAAGCGACGCCAGCAGAACCUCUGAGGCACUUUGACAUGCCCAUACUCAAACGUCUUAAGUGGACUCUUGGUCAUUCACACUGGACAAUGACACGGACAGAUUACUUCUGUUCAUUGCUUUGGACUCCUUCAUUGCUGUUCUUGUCUUUUUCUUUAUAGGAAAACCACUUAAUGCCGCCAAUCAUGCAUGUUUUUUUUGUCUUAAGUUAUUUUAAUUUUUUUGUUUAGGGCACUUGAGACCUCAAGUAUUCUUUUUUUUCACUCAUGUGGUACAAUUGUAGUAUCUUUCACUGUUGGUACUCUUGAAACAACUGUUGCAUUGGUAAUUGAAAAAUACUUUUAUACCAUCCACUGUAUCAUUUUGUGUGUUUUACCACUUAUGUAAUUUGGUACUUAUUCCUUAAUUUGUAUUUAGGUUCUCCAUACUAUUCAUUUUUCAGCACAGUACAAUAUCCUGCCAAAGGGAAGUUCAAUUUACUUCAUGGGUAUACAGUGCCUUGCGAAAGUAUUCGGCCCCCUUGAACUUUGCGACCUUUUGCCACAUUUCAGGCUUCAAACAUAAAGAUAUAAAACUGUAUUUUUUUG